AUGUCUGUGAACCGGCCACUUGACCUGAACGUCGAAUUAACAAUAUUUUGUAAUGUGAAGAACAAUUUAGUCAAAUGUUGCUUGGAAGAAUGGAUGGUUUGGGAAUUGCAUAUGUCAGGGAAAAAAUAUGAGACCCGCAGUAUGAGAUCCACCACAUGCAGAUCAUCUUAUCAUAUUGAUUACGUAGAGUUUUUACGUUAUUUGCUUCCUCCUCAAAAUCUCUCGACAAUGUUUCUUACUAGAUCAGAAUAUGACCGCGGCGUCAAUACAUUCUCGCCCGAAGGCCGUCUGUUUCAGGUUGAAUAUGCCAUAGAGGCCAUUAAGCUGGGAUCGACGGCUGUGGGUAUUCAAACCUCCGAAGGCGUUGUGCUAGCUGCUGAGAAACGCGUUACGUCUCCAUUACUUGUAUCGAGUAGUAUAGAAAAGAUUAUGGAAAUCGAUAAACACUUGGGAUGUGCCAUGAGUGGACUAACUGCCGACUCGAGGACAAUGAUAGAUCAUGCAAGAGUCGCUGCACAGAGUCAUCGUUUUACAUACGACGAGGCAAUCAAAGUCGAGUCAGUUACGCAAGCUGUCUGCGAUUUGGCUCUAAGGUUUGGCGAGAGUGCGGAAGGUGAAGAGUCUAUUAUGAGCAGACCAUUUGGCGUUGCCUUGCUGAUUGCCGGAGUCGAUGAGAAUGGACCACAGCUUUUUCAUGCGGAUCCCUCGGGUACGUUUACGCAAUUUGAUGCCAAAGCUAUUGGAUCUGGUUCCGAAGGAGCCCAGACAGAGUUGGAGGGAGAAUAUCAUAAGUCAAUCACGCUUGAAAAAGCUGAAACACUAUCCUUAAGAGUUCUCAAACAAGUAAUGGAAGAGAAACUAAAUAAUACCAAUGUGGAGCUUGCCUCUGUAACACCUGACCGCGGAUAUAGAAUUUAUAGCGAAGAUGAAUUACAGUCGGUAAUUGAUAGGCUGUAG